GUUUUUUUUUACUCAACAUCAUGCAUGACAGCGGCGACAGCGGUAACAUUAGAGGUUAGUUGAAAACCGAAAUCGUACUUUUGGAGCACUGUAGACAAUGGCAACCGGAAUAACUCCUGCUUUGGCUAUACGCUCCUCUACAGGAGUAGAGGUAUGGAAGUCAAACGGAUUCAAAACUCCGUUUAUUCCGGAUCCGGAAUUUGCUCGAGACGAGAGCAAAUUGUGUCGUGCUAUUGUUUAUAGUCCAAAUGGUCGAUUUCUUGCGUGGGCUAACGGUUCCACUGUCCAGAUCUGCACUGUUUCUGAUUGGAAGGUGCAGCAAACGUUUCCCCGGCCAAAGGCUUUCUACCUCAAGUUCUCUCCACGCAGUACUUUUUUGAUGACCUGGGAAAUUUAUACGGAAAAUCCAAAGGACGAGAUCAAGGAGAAACCGAAUCUGUUUCUGUAUGAUGUAGCAAGCGGACAGGAACUGUUCUCAAUCAUUCAGAAACGCCAUGCCAACUGGGAAAUGCACUGGGCAGCAGACGAAAGUCUCUUCGCGGUAAUGGUCGGAGGAGAAGUACUGUUUUAUGAAGUACAGCCCAACUCCCCAUUUCCAACCAAACCCACUAAACGUUGGGGCGGAGUGAGGAAUGGUGGUGUUUCAGUGUCUCCGGGAGCCAGCCCUCCUUAUGUUGCUUUUUAUGUGCCCGGAACAAAAGGGGCACCGUCGAUGUGUCGCAUGUUUCGUUACCCAAAUCUUGAGAGUAACCAACCUAUUGCUUCAAAGAGUUUCUUCCAGGCCGAUAAAGUUGACAUGAUGUGGAACCAGAAGGGAACCGGUUUGUUAUUACUAACCAGCACAGAUGUAGAUCAGACGGGUGUUUCUUAUUACGGAAAAACAGCAUUACACUUCAUGACUACCAAAGGAGACUCAUUUGCUGUUCAGCUCAGUACCGAAGGUUCGAUCCAUGCUGUUGCGUGGAGCCCUCGGUCGACUGAAUUCUGUGUAGUGUAUGGUUUUAUGCCAUCAAAAGCAACACUCUUCAAUCUCAAAUGUGAUGCUGUUUUUGAUUUUGGAACUGGACACAGAAACUCGAUAUAUUACAAUGAUUUUGGAAAUUUACUUAUAUUUGGAGGCUUUGGAAACCUCCCAGGAUACAUAGAAAUUUGGGAUCUAAACGAAAAGAAACAGAUCGCUGAGCAUAAGGCUCCUGACACCACAUUAUUAGAAUGGAGUCCAGUCGGUGAUGUAUUCUUGACUGCCACGACUGCUCCAAGACUGCGAAUGUCCAAUGGGUUCAAAAUUUGGCAUCAUACAGGGGCACUCCUACAUGAAACUCAUUGGCCAGAAAAGCAGGAACUAUUGGAAGUUGUUUGGCAGAAGUACGCUCCUGGAACGUUGAAAGAAAACGUUAUUUGUAGAGAAAAAAUAGAAGGGAUUGCAUCUAAAACACCGGAAGCUAGCAAACAAAAGUAUGUCCCACCAGGAAUGCGAAACAACUCAAAUGCCGCAGGUGGAGAGUCAUCUUCGGCUUCUGCACGAGCACCAAUUCCUGGACUUCCACCUGGUUAUCGCUCAACCACACAAAAGGACAAAAAGCAAAAGAAUAAAAACAAAAAUAAGACGAAUGGAACAAUCAACGGACAAACGGAUUCUGCUGUAUCUUCUGGUGGCAAAAGCAUAGUUGGUGGUGGGCACGAGAAGAGAUUUCCGCCGAAAUCAGCACCAACUCCGAAAUCAGCUACAGGUGACACAGAAACAUCGAAGCCAAUCAGUAAAGAUGCUGAAAAAGACAAGAAGGUGAAAAAUAUUAACAAAAAGCUGAAAGAUAUUAAAUUGUUGAAGGAAAAAAAUAAUCGUGGUGAAAAGCUAGAAUUGACUCAGAUUGCUAAAAUGAAUUCUGAGGCUGAUCUAUUGAAGGAACUAAAAGCGCUUAAAGCAUCCUAAAGCUUGUAUUUUUUCAAGUAUUUCCAAACGUACCCCACAAUAUAGUAACUUUCGCCUCAAACUUCCCGAAUAGUGCAUGUUCUUUUUGCCGUUCGAAUUUCAACUAUUACAAACGAUUGUGUUGAAAUGUAGACAAGUAAACAGCUACAUCGAAAUUAUUUCAGAAUUAGUUUUUUUUACGAGUACAUAAUGUAAAUUUAUAACACAACAAUGAGAUGAAAGACUAAACUACAUUCUGAGAUCAAGCAUAAUACAAAUAAUGACAGCAGUGAAAAUCUGAACAUUUUACUGAGAAGUGUGGGUUUGAGAUCAGUCUUAUCUUUGUGAGAUGCUGUAUAAUAUCGAAUAAUAAAAACCAUUCGAGCCAAA